AUGGAGAUUCUUCAUCAAACAGAAAAAGAGGGUUUGCUUUUCGUUCAAUACAUUGAAGACGGUGAAAGAGGAUGUCUUUUCUAUGGAAAUGAUUGUGAUGAUUAUAAUCAAGCCAAUAUCAUGGAGAUGGAACCUCACAGAUUGACAAUGGAAUACCGCCACAAGGGCGCAGUGGUCGGGUCUUGCAAUGGUUUGGUUUGUACUGGAGAGCGUAAUAAAGAUGUUAACCUGGUCGAUCCUGUCCAACUUUGCAACCCUCUUACCGGAGAAUAUGUUUCACUUCCAAAAUUCAAAUUGACUCGAAAAUUAGCAAUUCAUGGUAAUAAUUGUCGUAAUUUAGCAAGUGGAUUUGGUUAUUGUCAUUCAACCAAAGAAUACAAGGUCGUCAGAAUAUUUAGUCAGAAGGGAGAUUUGAGACUUGUCCAAGUAUAUACAGUUGGAGGAAAGUGGAGAUGCAUACGACCUAAGUUGAGGUAUUUCAAUUGUGCAUCAUCGGGCAUAUAUGCUAACGGAUCUCUUCACUGGUUAGACCAGAGUUAUAGCCAAAUACCAGAACGUAAAAUCGUUGCAUUUGAUCUGGAACAUGAGAAGUUCUAUUCAGUCCCAAUGCCAACAGAUGCAACAUGCUUUUCUGUAGUGCGCAGUGUCAGUUAUCUGCUUGGAGGAAAUAAUAACCUGUAUUUGGUCCAUACAGAAAAUAACUGCACGGAUAUAUGGGCAUAUAAGCUUAAAAGAAAGAAGAAUUCUAAUGCCAUCACUAGUUCCAAUAUGAAAAUGAGGAACCAGAAAUAUCAUAAGAAUUCGUGGCAAUGGAUUAAGGAGUUUACCAUAGAGGGUGAAGCAGCAGAGAACUUUAAACCAUUCGCGAUCACAAGAAACAAUGAAGUUCUAUUGUGGUAUAAAAGCGUGUUUGUCUACUGCUAUGAUCCUAAAACUUCAACUCUGAAUAGGCUUUGGGGUGGUAAUGGUAUGGGAUGCUCGCAUAUAGAGGUGAUUCCGCACAUCCCCAGCAUCGUUUCUUUGAAAGAUUUGGGAGAAACUAAUGUUAGGAGCUACAGAACUGCAACAGGACCUAUGACUCGGAAAAGGAAGGUUAUAAAUGAAGAAAAAGUUAUCGCAGAAAAAUCAUUCGGAUUAAGAAAAACUAAAAGGUCGAAGAAAUGCUAA